AUGCUUGCAGAGCCGAGGCCGCUCCAUCCGAGUAUGAUCGGCUGGCUGUGGGGGCUCGGGCAUGCUUCCGAUCAAACUGGGACCACAUUCCGAGAGGACCGAUCGGAGUCUUGCCAACCACAAUUCAUGAAUUCAUUGCUUCAAGUCACACAACAAGCCAGGAAAAGCAGCUCGGCCAUGUCGACACAAGAGCCCCUUGCUGGCAAAGUAGCCAUUGUCUCAGGCAGCGACAGCGGCAUAGGUUUUGCCAUUGCCCAUGAGCUUUCGUCUCGUGGAGCAUAUGUCGCCAUCAAUUACCCAUUCUCUUCUCUAGCAGACAGUGCCAACAAUAAGGCAGCGUCUCUGCCCACCAGAUGCAUCGCCGUUUGCGCCGACAUGGGUACAACUCAAGGCCCCAAGAGGCUGGUCGAGGCAACCAUCCGAGAAUUUGGCCGAUUAGACAUAGUCGUCAACAAUGUGGCGCUAGCAGUUAAUAAACCUCUUGAGGAACAGACCUUGGAUGACUGGGAUCUGUUGGUCAAUGUUAAUGGGCGCAGCACCUUCCUUCUGACCCAGAGUAGCCUUCCGCACCUAACGCGAGGAAGUGGACGAAUAGUCAACAUCUGUUCCGCUAGCUCACGAGGUUCUCCUCCCUUACAGACCAUCUAUGCCGGGACCAAGGGCAUGGUGGAUUCCUUCACUAAAUGCUGGGCUAAGGAACUUCCUCCGAAGUACGGGUGCACGGUAAAUGCCGUGUCUCCAGGUCCUACCAAGACCGAGGGCUUUCUGGCUGCUGGCGAGGAAGCCAUGCGUAUCUUGCAGCCUGCAAUCGAAGCUACACCUGCGGGAAAGCGGAUGGGUACACCGGAAGAGAUUGCGUUUGCUGUGGGGUUUCUAUGUGAUGAGCGGGCAAGCUGGGUCAACGGUGUACAUUUGGCUGUGAACGGAGGACUUCACAUCGAUUAG